GUUCUGUGGGCGGGGACGGGAUGAGUGACGUCACGAGCCGGAAGGGUGUCGUGGAAGCUGGAGAGAUUGCUCUGCGGGUGGAAAUCGGCGAGUGAGGACCUACAGGUAAUGCCCGGUGUCUGCCGGCCUGCGGUCAUUGGGGCUGUCAGAGCGGGAGACACACUGAAUGAUGACAUGUUUUAUGGGAUCUAUGGGGGCAGCAAGGAUGGAGGAUGGAAAGGGACUGCACAAUGUGUGUGUGUGUUACAUGGUGAUGUGGAGCUUUCACUGAUGGGGUUUCUGGUGUGUUGUCAGCAGUGACAGGGAGCCUAUAAUAAGUGGGUUAAAUCUAAUUAUGGUAAAGGGGUCAGAGCUGCUUUAUCUGUUGGGAGAGGGGAUACAUCGAUUUGGCAUACAGAUGGGGGAGGGCUUAGGUGGCAGCCUUUGUGAUACGGAAGGCAACUUAACCUGUCAGACUUGGUGAUUAGGAUGGGGAGGCUGAGGUGACAGCCUUAGUGCCCCUGGAUGGGGAGGCUGAGGUGACAGCCUUAGUGAUGAGGAUGAGGUGGGGGUGCUGAGGUGACAGCCUUAGUGAUGAGGAUGAGGUGGGGGGUGCUGAGGUGACAGCCUUAGUGAUGAGGAUGAGGUGGGGGUGCUGAGGUGACAGCCUUAGUGAUGAGCUGGGGGGUGCUGAGGUGACAGCCUUAGUGAUGAGCUGGGGGUGCUGAGGUGACAGCCUUAGUGAUGAGGGUGGGGGGGCUGAGGUGACAGCCUUAGUGAUGAGGAUAGGGGGCUGGGGUAGCUGAAGAGACAGCUCUAGUGUUGGGUAGGGGGCUGAGGUGACAGGCUUAGUAAUGGGGAUGGGGGCUGAGAUGACGACCUUAGAUAUGAUUUCUUUCUAUCCUUUCUGGGACCAGGGAAGUGUUAAAUCCAUGGAAUUCUAUAUAGAGCAAAAGGUGAAAGUGCCAGCCCUAAACCUGUUUAGGAAUUCUGGUUCCCAGGCACUUUGGAGUAUUUCCAGCUCUGUGUUUCAUCAUCAGUAUUUCAAUAGUGACUACUCCCCAGCAAUCAUCAAAAAGGGAUGUUCAUGAAAAAUGUAUUUAAUUUAAUUUCCUUUUUUUUUAAUCUUGUUGCCACAGCUUUAGUUCAUGAUGCAAGUUAAUUGUAAAACUUUCUGUUGAUAAUUCUUGAACUACAUUCCUGUAAAUAGCAAUUUUGCUUAGCUGCUCUGUGUUGCUAGUGAGAGGUUUAAAAUAUGUUUCUAUCAGGUUACAAUACUGACGGCUAAGUUCAAUACUGCAAUUGUUUGUGAACUACAUUUCUCUUGAUGCUUAGGGUGGAGGAUGGGUUAAAAUGUUCACAAACCUAUGUGAUACUUGGUCAUCACUGCAUUGCUGAAACAGAAAAGUUAGCAGUAAACCUAAACUAGAAUUCUAAAUACUGAAAAAUAAUGAAUUGGGGGCACACCAUUAAACAGCAAAUCUGUGUUUUAUGCUUUUAAGGACUAAAUUUAAAAUACACCUUCAUUUCAAAUCUGAAAAAGCUAAUUAAAAUCAUCUAUUUAAAGGGGGAUUGUCACACCAUAUGGUCAGUCUUACCAUGAUUAACCAAUAUCAGUGGUUUCUACACUAAUACAAACAUAUUAAAUGCAAAAUGUACUGAUUAAACUGCUUCAAGGGACUGUCCUGUGCUCACCUGUUAGUGGGAAAGAUUAUGGUGUCCAAACCAAGGGAAUCUGGUCAAAGCUCAAUUUAUAAAUUAAUAAAAAUGAAUCUGGGAUGCACUUGGAUGUAAAUUAAUGGAAACAACGAAGAGGAGUGUUAGAGUAGUUCCAAAUUCUCCUUGGAUGCGAUGAAAAUGUUCAGAGGCAUAUGAUGACACUAAUAUAAUGUUCUGCAGUUGGGGAAUUAACUUGUCUCCACCAUGCACCAUGCUGCCGGUUAUCACAUGCUGUGCUUGGCAUAAUAGCACAAUGGUUUACCUUGCAGGGGUAUUACGUAUAACAGUCUAAUAAACAAAUCUGUGCUGUUCAUAUGGAUGUGUAAAGGAGUCUCGUUUAUUGAUAAGGUUGCUGUGUAUUUAUAAAUAUUUUGUGAACUAAAGUUCCCUUGAUACUCAGCCAGCCUUUAUUUCAAACAGCUCAAAUUACAAGGCUUGCCAUCUAUGUACAAAAUGUGUAGUGUUUUUUUAUUUUACACAACAGGGUAGUUCCUAAAUCCUGGACUGGUAGGGGGUACUUGAGAACUGGCUCUAUACCAUUGUAUUCUUUUGUCUUAACAGAGGAUUCUGUAUAUUUCUAGUAGAGGCAAGUAAAUUUCAAUGAAUCUUUUAAUUGUCUUCAUCCAAUUGUGCAAUUCUACUCACAUUCAUUAUUUUUGCUUUUGCCUUAUAGUUUAUUAUUCCGCUUCCCUGUCCUCAUGGCAUUCCGACUUUUUCUGGUGUGUUCCAUCUUGGGACUCGGACUUGCAGUACCCAUAGAAAGAGCCACUCCAAAGAAAGAAGCAGAACCACCUCCAGAGCCAGCUGUAAGUACCUGUCUCACAUGGUUUCUUGAUAUUUAAAUCUGUUUAGUGCUCUACUUUUACAGCACUAGCAUUUCAAGUGGAAAUGAAACUCAAACUACAAGUGGGUAGUUUGUCUUGCUACACUUUUUGCAAGGUGUAACCUUAUUUAUUGUUAAAUCUACACGUAAGUAAGGUAUAUCCAUCAGGCCUUUGGAGUGCACCCUUUUUAAAGGGAUAUUAUAGUCACCAGAACCACUACAGCUUACUUUAGUUGUUCUGGUGUCUUUAGCAUGUCCCUGCAGGCUCACCAAUGUAAACGCCUAUUUAUAGAAAAGGCAUUGUUUACAUUGUUUAGUAACAUGUCUAGGUGCCAUAACAUAGACUGCCACUAGAGGUGCUUUCUAUGUAAUUGCUACAUUGUGAACGCUCCCCAUAGAGAUGCAUUGAUUCAAUGCAUCUCUAUAAGGAGAUAUUGAUCAGAGUGCAAGGUUUUCCUGCGCAUGUACUACAACCUCCCAAUUCUUUUUCUUAUGGGAAAGCAUUGGAUUGGCUGAGAACAUAAUGCUUGAUGAUCUCAGCCACGGAGGCAGGACCAGCCUCGGUGAGACCACUGCAGCUAUAAAGAAAAAGUAAGUUAAAGGAACUAUGUCACUAUAGUCACAAAAAGAACUGUAGCUUAAUGACGCAGUUUUAGUGUAUAGCCUCUGAAGCCUCACUGCUCAAUUCCCUGCCAUAUAGGAGUUUAAUCACUUUUAUUUCUGUUUAUGCAACGCUAGCCACACCUCUCCAGGCUGUGACUGACAAUUUUAAGCAGAUGUCACUUUAAAAGUUUUCAUCUUCUGCUCUGUAAAUUGAACUUUAAUUAUUUACAUCAGGCUCCUGCAGAGUCCAGCAAUCUACUAACCGAGCAGGUGAUAAGAAAUUCUAGAUUAAACAGAAUUUGCAAUAAUGGAAGUAUCAACAUUAAAGGACUCUUUACAGGAAGUAGUUAGAAGGGCUGUGCAAAUCACAUGCACGUAGGUGUGCUUAGGGCUCCAUAAACCAAGUGACUUAACAUCUAAAUAGGAGAUAAUUGAGCAGUGUGACUUCAGGUGCAUUAUCUAUACAUCAAAACUGCUUCAUUAAGCUAAAGUUGUUAUGGUGACUAUAGUGUCCCUUUAAAUACCUUUUUAACUCCACUGUGAGUGGUGCCGGUAACCUAAACAUGCAGUCCAGCACCAUAGUGUUCCUUUAAGGGACAUUCGGAGCAUGUAGAGGUGAUACUCGAAAAAUUAGAAUAUCGUGCAAAAGUUUAUUUAAGUAAUGCAACGUAAAAGGGGAAACUAAUAUAUGAGAUAGACGCAUUACAUGCAAAGCAAGAUAGUUCAAGCCGUGAUUUGUCAUAAGUGCGAUGAUUAUGGCUUCCAGCUCAUGAAAACCCCAAAUCCUCAAUCUCAGUAAAUUAGCAUAUUGUGAAAAGGUGCAAUAUUCUAGGCUCACGGUGUCCCACUCUAAUCAGCUAAGUAAGCCAUAACACCUGCAAAGGGUUUCUGAGCCUUUAAAUGGUCUCUCAGUCUGGUUCAGUAGGAAUCACAAUCAUGAGGAAGACUGCUGACCUGACAGUUGUGCAGAAAACCAUCAUUGACACCCUCCAUAAGGAGAGAAAGCCUCAAAAGGUAAUUGCGAACGAAGUUGGAUGUUCCCAAAGUGCUGUAUCAAAGCACAUUAAUAAAAAGCUAUGUGGAAGAAAAAGUUUCACAAGCAGCAGGGAUGACUGCAGCCUGGAGUGGAUUGUCAGGAAAAGGCAAUUCAAAAGUGUUGGGGACUUUCACAAGGAGUGGACUGAGGCUGGAGUCAGUGCAUCAAGAGCCACCACACACAGACGGAUCCUGGACAUGGGCUUUAGAUGUCGUAUUCCUCUUGUCAAGCCACUUAUGAACAACCAACAACGUAUGAAGCGUCUUACCUGGGCUAAAGAAAAACAGACCUGGUCUUUUGCUCAGUGGUCCAAAGUCCUCUUUUCUGAUGAGAGCAACUUUUGCAUCUCAUUUAAAAACCAAGGACCCAGAGACUGGAGGAAGAAUGGAGAGGCACACACUGCAAGAUGCUUGACGUCCAGUGUGAAGUUUCCACAGUCUGUGUUGAUUUGGGGAGCCAUGUCAUCUGCUGGUGUUGGUCUACUGUGCUUCAUUAAGUCCAGGGUCAACGCAGCCAUCUACCAGGAGAUUUUGGAGCACUUCAUGUUUCCUUCCGCAGACGAGCUUUAUGGGGAUGCUGACUUAAUUUUCAAGCAGGACGUGGCACCUGCCCACACUGCCAAAAGCACCAAAGCCUGGUUCAGUGACCGUGGGAUUACUGUGCUUGAUUGGCCAGCAAACUCGCCUGACCUGAACCCAUUGCCAAGAGACAGAUGAGACAUGAUACCGAACAAUGCAGAAGAGCUGAAAGCUGCCAUACCACGCCGCAUUGAGGCAGUAAUUGCUGCAAAAGGGGCCCAAACCAAGUACUGAGUCCAUAUGCAUGCUUAUACUUUUCAGAGGCCCGAUAUUGUUCUAUGUACACUCCUUGUUUUAUUGAUUGCAUGUAAUAUUCUAAUUUACUGAGAUUGUGGAUUUGAGGUUUUCGUGAGCUGGAAGCCAUAAUCAUCGCACUUAUGACAAAUCAUGGCUUGAACUAUCUUGCUUUGCGUGUAAUGCGUCUAUCUCGUAUAUUCGUUUCUGCUUUUAUGUUGCAUUACUGAAAUAAAUGAACUUUUGCACAAUAUUCAUAUUUUUCGAAUAUCACCUGUAAGACCCAAGCAUGCUGCGACCAGCAAAUAAAAUCAUGCAGUUUUGAGUGAUUCCACGUGAAUAUCGAAUUGAAAAAUUGCAAAAACCCAUAGCAGCUCAUCACCUCACUUGUCUCUCUUUAUCUAUUGGGUGCUGGGUUAGAACCAUAUGCAUGUGGUUUUUUUUUGUUUGUUUUUUUUAGUGUCUAAGUUUUUAGAGGAGUGCAUGCACUAACAUGCUGGAUGCUUCUUAUUUAAGGUAUAUGAAUACAAGUUUCUAAGUAAAUUUUUGUUUGUUUUUUGUUUUUAAAUUAAUGAGGUGGUGUCUUGCUCAGUGCAUACACAUCUUUUUAGGUAUGUACAGCAGUAUUCACUCUAUCGAAGGCUGCUGAAUAUAUUCUUCAAUCUCCUGCACUGUUACAGCACUCCAAUUAAAAUCCAACCAAGAGGCAGGCUUGUUAGGACAUUUGCCAUUCCAAGCCUUGUGAAUUCAUCGCUACUCCAGUCAAUGUGAAGCACGUUGGUGGACUACCAGUUAUAUAUUAUUGUCUCUAUAGGAAGUUAGUAUUUAAAUCCAUUGUAUCAUUUACUGUCAGCCAAUGAGUGCCUCCCUGCACUAAUAGAGCAAACUGGGAGACACCGUGAACUCAUGGUGGCACCACAACCACUACAGAGAAUUGUGGUAAUUUCCCUUUGAGUAACCAAAAAAUAUUGUCCUCCCUUUUCUUUGCCAUAAGCAUGAAUAAUUGUAUGAGUUUCAAUUAUUUAACAACUGUGUUUUGUUUUGUUUUUUUGUUUGUGUUUUUUGCAGGACACGGGUCUCUACUAUGACCGUUACUUGCAGGAGGUAAUCAAUGUGCUGGAGACAGAUGGCCAUUUCCGGGAGAAGCUCCAGGCAGCUAAUGCUGAGGACAUAAAGGUAAUGGGCAUUCCUUUUAACCCACUAAGUGCUUGAGGUGUGCACAGCUGCUAUUUGAGCACUCUUAUGACACUUUAACCUUUUUAAUGUAACAUGUGCAACUAUGCUGUAUCUGUACAGAUUAUUUCUGUGGACUCUGUACUUCUUCCGGCCAAAUAAACAGGAUGCUAUGCAAACACAGUCUGUUACAACACAGCAACAAAAUAAUCACUGUAGAUAAGGACAGUGUGAGCACAAUAUAGUGUGUUGAAGCAGAUUUAGGCCACAGCUGCAAUUGCCAGAGCAGAAUGAAUGAUUUAAAGGUACACUAUAGCAUUUGCAAUGCAAACAUGUAUCCAGUUUCCUGUAACUUAUCUGGAUGUGCGUCCCCAUAUGAGGGUUUAAAAAAUGAGAUUUACAUUUGGUAUAUUUGGCUGAGAUCAGCAAGAUUGAUGAUGUCCGCCAAUCUACUACUUUCCCAUGGGGAAGUAUUUGGAGGAUAGUUCGCAUGAGCGUCAAGAUGUAGCACUGUGCCAAUCAAAUGCUGCUGUGUCAGCAGCAUUUGUUCUGUAACAGAGUUUGACCUUUAGUUUGUUUCUGCUUGACAGCCACUAGAGGUGUCUUAACUCUGCAAUGUAAUUCUUAACGGUCCUGCAGAACAGUAUUUUUAUUGUAUAUUACAGGCUUUCAAAGAGAGAGACACUGCACUCAGACCACGUCAUUAAGAUGAAGUGAUCUGGUUGCCUUUAGUGUCCAUUUAAAUAGAGAAACUCACAUUUUUCAUGGAUAAAAUUGCUGUUUUAUUUUUUUGUGAAAAAAAAAGAUUCAUUCUGGCAAUCAGUGCAAAUCUCAAGUGUGCAUUCGUGUACAGUCAAUCUGGAUAAUUUCUAGGUAGGUUUUAGUAUGGGACCCAAUGCUGUAUUCUACACAUGCCAGUAAUUUAUGUUGCAAGUGGAAGAUACAAUCAUUCUUCAAAGAACUGGUUGCCUUUUCUAUGUCUUGGGCGGCGGGGGGGGAACAAAAUUUUCCAGAUUUUCUGGUUCCACAUAAAGACAGGUUUACGUAUAGUUGUCAGUCAGGUCUCCUUAAACCAAUUGCCCCUUUACCUUCCAGGCAUUAAAGGCAGGAGCAAUUUUCAUACAGGGACACACAUGUGAGUGAGUCUAACUGCCCCUAUGGAGAGCUAGCAAGGAAACAAAAUAUUUGUUUAAAAAUGAUCAAGUUGGGUGAGGCCUGACAACCGUUGGGUGGUGGAUGGAUGGCUUCAGAUUUCUGAAGCUCCUGACCUAUUUUAUAACUAAACAUCCCAAAAUUGACUAAGACCUACUGAUUGUAAGAUUUUUGCUUUGAGUUACAGGGAAAAUAGUUUUGACUUAUUACAAUUAAUAUUAAAUCAGUUCUAUGUGCAUGGUUUCUUUGUGUGGUUAUACUGCAAGUUAUUUAGAUUACAAAAUUAAUUGAACCCUUGCUAAUAUCCUAUCCAUAUGAACAGAUACCUGUUCAAUCCUUAGAUCAGGCAUAGGCAAGCUUCGGCACUCCAGAUGUUUUGGGCUACAGCCUCCCAUGAUUUGCCAGCAUUAAGAGGGAUGUAGUCCACAACAUCUGGAGUGCUGAAGGUUGCCCAUCCCUGCCUUAGAUAAAUAAAUGUAAUAAAACAUUAGUAACUGAUGAAACUGCAAAUAUACCUAGUUAGGCAAACGCAACUUGUGCCUAGCCAAUAUAAUAUUAAUAUUCUAACUAUAUGUACCUUCUUUUUGAUCUAUAAGUUGGACAUAUGUAUUUUUAUAUAAUUGCUUAAAGUGAUACUAAAGUCACCAAAUCAACUUCAGCUUAAUAAAGCAGUUUUGGUGUAUAGAUCAUGCCACUGCAGUCUCUCUGCUUAAUUCUCUGGCAUUUAGGAGUUAAAUCGCUUUUUUAUGCAGCCCUAGUCACACCUCCGUGCCUGUAAUGUACACAGCUUUCCUAAACUAUUCUUAAAAAGUGAGAUCUAUUGUUUACACAAUGUAUGAUCAUAUAAUGUAACUAAACCCCCAUUAUUUUUUGCCUAGACUAGGUGUUUUUAAUAAAACUUGCAAAAUCAGUCGGCACCAAAGUAGCUGUUUAGUAGAUAAGGGAGUGCACUGGAUUUUCAAUUUUACUAUUGUUUACACAGUCUGUUUAAUUUAGAAUUGUGUAUCUCCUGCACCGUUAUUAGCUUGCUAGACCUUGCAGGAGCCCUCCUGUAUGUGAAUAAAGUUCAAUUUACAGAGUGAGAGAUACAAACUUCUAAAGCAGGUUAACAUCUGAUUCAACAUGAAACCUUUUUUUUUUUUUUUUUUUUCAUGCAGGCUGUCAUUCACAGCCAGGGGAGGUUCGGGUAGGGCUGCAUGGGUAGAAACAAAAGUGAUUUAACUCCUAAAUGGCAAAGAAUUGAGCAGUGAGACUUCCGAGACAUGAUCUAUAUACUAAAACUGUGUAAUUAAACUAAAGUUGUUUUGGUGACUAUAGUUUGUCCCUUUUAAGCCUAGCGUAUUUCUUAUGUAUACCAUAUAUACGUGUAAAACGUUUACUUGCAAAAAUGUGCAAAGCUGAAUAGUAAUGAUAAAGAAAUAUGAGGUUUAUAUAUGGAGGCACGUCCACUCUGCAUACUUCCGAACACUGAGAGGCAUGAAUUUUUGAUUUGAGCACGUCCGCUGUGCAAUUUUUAUAAUUUGUGAUGUCUGCAAAGAUGGUUAAAAUAGCCAGCAUGUUUGUGUAUUCAUCUCACAGACUUCAGAGAACUAUAACAUUUUAAUCUGUGCAUCUGGCGGUGGAUUCAUUAGUAUAGAAACAACUUGACUGAAGCAGCCCCGUCGUCCAUACUUUUUGAGAAUGUCAAGCAAAUCAAUUUCUCUCCUUUCUCUUGCUGUGUACUUGUAUUUACACAUUCUGUUCUUUGUCUCGCUCUUUGUCAGAGUGGUAAAUUAAGCAAAGAGUUGGAUUUUGUCAGUCACCAUGUCCGGACCAGGCUGGAUGAGCUAAAGAGGCAGGAGAUAUCCCGACUGCGGAUGUUGAUCAAGGCAAAGAUGGAUGCAACAAUGGAAGAAAGUAAGCACACUACAUUCUGAAAAUCUGUUUAAAAUCUAUGUUCAAGAUGGUGCAAUUGUUAUUAAGUGAUUUAAGCUUUUGACUUAUUUUUUUCUAGUACAUUUUUACUUCAUUGUCUCUUCUAACAUCUUAAAAAGGAUCCACUUUAGAUUGUCCAUUUUAAACAAUUUUAAAUAUUUAAUAGUUUAAAUAAAGCGGGAUUGUCACUGUCUGGAGCGGGCAGGCAAAAUUGUGUUUAACUUACCUGCACCUGUCCCUCGUGUGUGCUGCCAUUUUCUUCAAGCUGUCCUCUUCUGCUCCUGGUGCUUCAGCGUUGUGUCUUUUUGGUUUUUGUUUUUGUUUGUGAAUGCUCUACAAUUUCCAGUGUGGAAAACACAUAAAUUGCACAUUUUAAGAGUAAAAUGCUUACAAGGAACAAAAUGUUCCCACUCGACUCUUUCCAGCUUUGCUAAUUUGGUGUACAACGUGCAUUUGUCAUGUCAGUUCUUGAUAAUUUUCCAGUUGAGUGGAUAAUAAGAAAAGAAACUGUGCAGGGUUUCUUCUACAAAACACUUCUGAGUAUUGAACUGCUUAUAUUCAGUGGAAUACAGACAGGGUUAUUCACUGGUGUGUGAAUUCAAAGAGCAUUUUUAAUUUGAGGACAAUAAUAUUGGUAAACAAACUAAAAGCAUAGUUGAUUUAGAGAACAUUUCCAGUUCAGUCAUUUGGACCUUAAAUUUGAAAUUUACUUUUAAUUCUCACUUAAAUGAAAAAUCCUUCAAGUGUGAUUAUUGAGCAUCAGGGUUAUUUACUAAAGUGAGAAUUCAAUUAUCGUAUAAGCCAAGUUUUUCAGCACAUUUAUUAUGCUGAAAAAGCCCCCCUUUAGCUUAUACUCGAGUCAGGGUCUGUAUUAUGGGGGGCCGGCAGCAAGCUGUUACUUACCUUUCCUGCAGCUCCUCCAGCUCCCCAGUGUAAAUCUCGCGAGUCCCGCGGCCGUCAGAGCGUUGUCACAGAUUACCAUGGUAGCGCUCUGCGCGGCACGCUCUCAGCUAGACUUUCACUGGGGAGCUGGAGGAGCUGCAGGAAAGGUAAGUAACAGCUUGCUGCCGGCAGCCCCCCCACUGCUCAGUACAUACCACUGGACCACCAGGGAAUGCCAUAGCCCCCUCCCUGGCCAGGUAACAAGCAGGGAGGGGGACAAAAAAGUGUAAACAAAUUAAAUAUUAAAAUAAAAAUAUUAAAAAUGCCCUCCCACCACCCAGUUUACACUACACAAACACACACACACUGCAUCAUAUACAAUAAUGCAAUAUAUAUACUGUAAUAUAUAUAUAUAUAUAUAUAUAUAUAUAUAUAUACUACACUCUGCAUCAUAUAUAUAUAUAUAUAUAUAUAUAUAUACAUAUACACAUACAUACACACACACACACACACACACACUCUUCAUUAUAUACACACACACACACACACUCUGCAUUUUAUUUAUAUAUAUAUAUAUAUAUAUAUACACACACACACACACUCUUCAUUAUAUACACACACACACUCUGCAUUAUUUAUAUAUAUAUAUAUAUAUAUAUAUAUAUAUACACACACACUCUUCAUUAUAUAUAUAUAUAUAUAUAUAUAUAUAUACACACACACACACACACACACUCUGCAUUCAUUAUAUACACACACUGUAAAUAAAUAUUAGAUUAAUGUAAUUUUAUUGGGAUCUAAUUUUAUUUAGAAAUGUAUCAGUAGCUGCUGCAUUUCCCACCCUAGGCUUAUACUUGAGUCAAUACGUUUUUUCCCAUUUUUUUGUGGUAAAAUUAGGUGCAUCGGCUUAUAUUCGGGUCGGCUUAUUCUCAAGUAUAUACGGUAAAUUCAAUGCCAGAGUAUCUGAACAGAAAGCAGAGAUGAUCUAGAUAAUUUUUCCAGUUCCACUCUAGUGAAUGACCCUGCAUUUCUGUUGGUUAUUGAUCAUGAUUUUGACACCUGCCAUGUUUCUCAGAUGUCCAGAUUGACCACAUGGGAUUACUGAAGCAGUUUGAGCACCUGGAUCCUCAGAAUCAGCAUACCUUUGAGGCCCGUGAUCUGGAACUUCUUAUUCAGGCAGUAAGUCUAGCUCUGUAGCAACUUAUACUAAUAUUUGAGGAAAACAUCUAAAAUUCAUUGUCAUGCUUUCUUCAAUUAUUGAUUUGUAAAUGAAAUGUAAUUUCUUAUAAAUAAUCUUGGCAUCAUUGAUAUCUCACCUCUCUGGGAGAGAGACUUGGAUGCAGCUCCAGAUGCUUCUUGGUACCAAAUGUCCAUGAAAAUUCCCUUGCAAAUUUUCCUGAAUGAGGCUUCAGAAAGUUAAAAUAGGAAAUCUUGGGGACUGCUCUAAAUGGCUGUACUUUGGGGCUUAGUCUACUAUUGUACUACCUGUCUAUUAGUGGAUAUUCACAUUAUCCUUAAUUAUUUAGUAUUUUAGAUAUUUCUUGCACACAUAAGGGCCACUGGCAUACAUGUACACUAAUUCAAAAUCCACUCCUUUCUACUUCUCAAUGAAAUUAUGUUCUUUCAGUCUAGUGAUGUGGUGUUCUAGCCUCUUGUAUUGCUUGUUGUUGGACUCCAUGUGAUACCUGAUGCAGAUAUUAGUCCACUGUCAAGCAAUUAAGUCAGAUUUAUGAAUAUGAGAAAUAACCACUAGAGGGCGGGGUUGUAGAACAGUGCAUAUUUUGUUUCUCGUUCAUUUUUACAGCUAACCUCUUGGUCGGCAGAGCAUCAUGUGAAAUGUAGUUCACCAGCUUGUGCAGCCCUUAGCUUAGCAUUCACAUGUAAUAUAAUGUUCUAAUUUGCUCAGGCCACCAAGGACUUAGAAAACUACGAUGCUGCUCGCCACGAGGAGUUCAAACGAUACGAGAUGCUGAAGGAGCACGAGAGAAGGGAAUACCUCAAAUCCCUGGAUGAGGAGAAAAGGAAAGAGGAAGAAGCUCGCUACGAGGAGCUGAAAAAAAAACACAGGGAGCACCCAAAAAUUAAUGUACCAGUAUGUGUCUCAUUGUACCAUUAAUCACCCUAUCUUCUGUUAAAGAUCAUUCUUCCCGGGAAAUGGCAACUGAAUAAAAAUGACAUCUAGGCAUCAAUACACAAUUAAUAUGCACAUUUUUUUAACAAUGAAGCUCAUUACAACAGGGAAUGUGUCCUCUGUGCUUAAAUACUCUGUGCUAAUUCAUUACACGCCCCAUCUGUCUCACACAGCAUAUACAAAUUUAUUAUAUGCCACAGCUGUCUCACACAACAUAUGUUAAUAAUUCAUUACACGCACCAGCUAUCUCACACAGCGUAUACUAAUUCAUUACAUGCCGAGCUGUCUCAUGCAGCAUAUACGAAUUCAUUACGUGACCUAGCUGUGUCACGCAGCAUAUAUUUAUUCAUUACGUGACCUAGCUGUGUCACGUAGCACAUAUUUAUUCAUUACGUGACCCAGCUGUCUCACACAGCAUAUACGAAUUCAUUACGUGACCUAGCUGUGUCACGCAGCAUAUAUUUAUUCAUUACGUGACCUAGCUGUGUCACGUAGCAUAUAUUUAUUCAUUACGUGACCCAGCUGUCUCACACAGCAUAUACGAAUUCAUUACGUGACCUAGCUGUGUCACGCAGCAUAUACUAAUUCAUUACAUGACCUAGCUGUCUCACGCACGUAUAUUUAUUCAUUACGUGACCUAGCUGUGUCACGUAGCAUAUAUUUAUUCAUUACGUGACCCAGCUGUCUCACACAGCAUAUACUUAUUCAUUACGUGACCCAGCUGUCUCACACAGCGUAUACUUAUUCAUUGCGUGACCCAGCUGUCUCACACAGCGUAUACUUAUUCAUUGCGUGACCCAGCUGUCUCACACAGCGUAUACUUAUUCACUACGUGACCCAGCUGUCUCACACAUGAUAACACAUUUUAAAUUCCACCACAUUUCCCACAAUCUACUUGAACACUGUUUUAAAGAGCUGGCAUUUUGAUGAACUUUGUUCAGCUGUCGUCUCCCUUUUUUUAUUUGUAAUAGGGAAGCAUGGAUCAGUUGAAGGAAGUUUGGGAAGAAACUGAUGGCCUUGAUCCCAAUGACUUUAACCCCAAAACCUUCUUCAAGUUACACGGUAAAGAAAUUAUUUUGGUUAAAAACUACACACCCUCCAUGAUUGCAGUGCGUGUCUGAAUUGGGAAGAGCAAUUAAUGCGUGUUUUACUAGGACAAACUAAUGGCCAAUUGUAGCAGUUCAGUUCAUUUUAACUAAAACUACCAUUAUCUUGAGCAAAAAUUAACAGUAGUUAUACAAACACUGAGAAUUGGCAAAAAUUUAGAACAUCAGUGAGGAGUAGCUUUAACCACGCCCCCCACAUCUAGUAAACAUGGGGUCCAUGUCUGGAUUAUUAUCCAUUUUAAUUAAGGAAGACCCUAAAGACUGUGCAACAAAAACAAAGGAACUCGCAAAGUGUUUGCCUGUUCGUAGUGUCCUCGUAUCUUCUAGAGCUGCAUAGAGCCAGCUACAGUUUACUGUCUGUGGUUGGUGUAUCUUGCUUAUAGAGGGAGCUUGCUGGCCUUGAAGAUGUGGACCUCCAUUGUGGGUGGGAAUCAGUCUGAAAUGCAACAGGCAAAUAUGAGUAAAAACUUGUUUGAAGCUUUAGUGGAGACUAACCAAAGCACAAGCUAUCACGUUUUUUUCUUGAAAUUUUUUUUUUUUUAACACCAUUAUCUUAAUGAACACUAUAGUUACAGGAAUACAAACAUGUAUUCCUGUUUCUAUAGGUGUGAAAACACAGUUUAGACUCCAGCACCACUGUCAACAAAUUAAAAAGUGAAUUUAUUUACCUUUAUUCUGCCCCUGAUCUGCCUCCUUGGCUGAGUUCAUCAAACUUUAUUAUCUCAGCCAAUCCAAUGCCACUAGACUGCCACUAGAGAUGUUACUAGGCAGUAAUGUAAACACUGCCUUUUCUCUGAAAAGGCAGUGUUUACAAUACAAAAUCAUGCAGGGACUGACUAUACACACAGAACAACUGCAUUAAAGGUACACUAUAUAGUCACCAAAACAACUCUAGCUAUAUUGAAGCAGUUUUGGUGUAUAGAUCAUUUCCCUGCAGUGUUACUGCUCAAUUCUCUGCCAUUUAUGAGUCAAAUCCCUUUGUUUAUGCACCUUAGUCACACCUCUCUGCAUGUGACUUGCACAGCCUUCCUAAAUACUUCCUCUAAAGAGUCCGCUAAUGUUUAUACUACAUUCUUUUCAGAUUCUAUUUAAAUUAAAAUGUAUUAUCCCCUGCACUGUUGAUAGCUUGCUAGACCCCACAGAAGCCUCCUGUGUAUAAUUAAAGUUCAGUUUAGAGAGCAGGCAAUAAGAACUUAAAGUAAGUUACAUCAAAUUAAAAGUGAAACAAUUUUUUUUAUUUUAUUUUUUCAAUGCAUGGUAUGUGAGUCACAAUCAGGGGAGGUGUGGCUAGGGCUACAAAAGGGAUUUAACUCCUAAAUUGCAGAGAAUUGAGCAGUGAGACUGCAGGAUCAUGGUCUAUACACUAAAACUGCUUCAUUAAACUAAAGUUGUUUUUCUGACUAAUGUCACUUUAAGCUGUAGUUGUACUGGUGACUAUAGUGUCCCUUUAACCCUCUUGGUUUUUUAGUAAUACAGUUGAAUUUAACUUGAAGAGCUUGUCGGGUCAUCUGUGUAGCUAAUGCCGUUGAAGUUUUUUUCUGUGAUGGCAAAGCACCUUAAUAUUAAUCUUCUUUAACCUUUCUAUCUGUCAGAUACCAAUGGAGAUGGAGUACUGGAUGAGCAGGAGCUGGAGGCCCUUUUCACAAAGGAGGUAAAAUGAAGCUCUCUGUCCUUCUUUCCAAUGUAUUUGUUUUAAGUGAAAUCAAAUGGAAUUAUAAACUAAACCAAAUGUUGUGGAGGAUUGCAAAAAAGGAAAACAAAAACCAAAUCGCAUAGCUGCAAAAAUGCUCAAACUUCCUCUAUUUUUAGCUCUGCUAGUUUGGGCUAAGACUUCCAAUUCGCUAGGCAAAUCUUUGUACAGUAAAUAAACCCCAGAUAAUAUAUGUCACCUUCUAACUCUCCUCCAAAAUGGAUGUUGAGUGGUUAUAUCCACGUUCUCCAAAAUUAAGUUCUCAUGCUCCUAAGUGGCUACACUUGUAAUCAGAAACUAGCACAAAGUUAAAUGGUAUAUUGUGUGACUUCAGAUUUCAACGUUGCUACAUUAGAGUAGAUCUGUGUUAUUUCUGUCAUUCUGUCAUUUCUCUUACACAAAUUGUAGGGUGAUGGGAAGAGAGAUUGGUAAACUUAUGCUUUGUACAUCUUGGGACUAAUAGAAAGCAUUGUAUUCGUAUUAAUAAGCAGUAAUUGUUAAUACUUUGUCUGUAGCUGGAAAAAGUCUAUGACCCCAAGAAUGAAGAAGAUGACAUGGUGGAGAUGGAAGAGGAGCGGCUACGAAUGAGAGAGCAUGUCAUGAAAAAUGUAUGUUUCCUUUGUUGGUUUUUGUUUCUUGUUUGUUUUUUAUAAAAAAAAUUCUCAUGAAAUGGUGUUAGACCUCAAAGAAUAUGAAACCGAUUUUAUGUGCAAUGCAAUCAAUACAGAAAAAUAUGGGUUUAAUUGUUCUUUUUAAUAGUUAACCAUGAUUGUGACACCAUCUCAUAUGUUAACAAAUUCAAGACGUUUCUUGCUAGCUUUUUUCACAAAAUGUUGCAAUGUUACAAAGGCGAAGAUUAUUUGGGGCAUUGUAUAAUGAAUGCGUUUUCGGUGAUAGUUUAAUAAAUGUUCCUUUCCUGAUGUACUUAUUAUGGCAGUGGUCUGCAAUAUAUUUGCAGCUUAUCAACAUUCCUAUGUAUUUGGUAGGAACGGUAAAUGUUAUCUCACUGAAUCAUCUCUGCCAUAUGUUAACACAAUAUAUAAAACCGUAACCCUGUUAAUUAAAAAGGAACACUUGGCAACUAAUAGUGAACCAGCAUACAAUGCUUAUUGGAUUUUUUAUUUAUUUAUUAUUUCCUCCUACUCCCUCCCCAACUUCCCACCCCCACCACCACCAAGCCAUUUAAAGUUAACUUUUACAGUGAUUUAGUACUGUUGUGUCUUUGUCAAGCAUGGGGUAUUGAAAUCUUUUUUUUUUAAAUCCCUUAAAUAUUUAAACCUCAAAAAGAUGUCUGGUUUGUGUUUAUUUUAUAUUUUAUUUUGUUUUUGUUCUUAUGAGAAGUUUUUCAAUUGGUUUGUAUUUUCAGGUGGAUGUAAAUCAUGAUCGUUUGGUCACAUUGGAGGAAUUCAUAAAAUCUACAGAAAGGAAGGAUAUCAAUGAGCCUGAUGGAUGGGCGGUAAGAUUCUCGGUUGUUUUGCAUUUCUGUCUCUAAUUUCUUUCUUGAUUUGCUAGUGUGAUAGAUCAUUUGAUUCUGGUAAAUUCUACAUGACCGCUAGGGGCACCAGCAGACUGAAGUACAGAACUUACGUCUAGAACCUUUAAGUCCUAUCAAUGGAGUGUUAGGAUUUGAGAUCAGGAAAGUAUUUCAGUCUUUCUUUUCCUGGGUGCGCAUCAGCAACAUAUACUAAUUCCUCUUCUGUCUCCAUCCAUCUAAGUCAAUGGUUCCCAACCCAGUCCUCAAGUACCCCCUACCAGUCCAGGAUUUAGGGAUUACCUUGUUGUGGUUUUUUUUUUUUUUUUUGUUUGUUUUUGUUUUGUUUUUUCUAAAAACACCUUAGACACAACUUGGUUAUCCCUAAAUCCUGUACUGUUAGGGGGUACUUGAGUCCCUCCGCUACUAAGCCACCUGAUACAAACACCAGAAACCACAACAACCUAAUACCCAUUCCAUGUAAUUCUCGUUCUAAUUCUUCCUUUAAAGCUGCCAUCUGAAAUGCACGCUCUGUGGGCAGCACCUAUAAAUCCAACUUCCAUCCAUGACCUAUUUAUCUCACACUCCCUAAACCUACUUGCACUAACAGAAACAUGGCUCUCUUCCCCUGAUACUGCUAACCCUGCCUCACUAUCCUUUGGUGGUCUUUACUUUACCCUCAAUCCAAGACAAGCAAUGAGUAAAGGUGGCAGUGUAGGUUUUCUCCUUUCACCCCACUGCUCCUUUAAAACUCUUCCCACCCCACUUCCCUCUCUUUCCCAUCAUUUGAAAUUCAUUCACUUUGCCUUUUCAAACCCCGCUCUGCUAACAUUGCCGUUAUUUUUCGUCCCACUGGUUCCCCUCUCCUCUUCCUUGACCCCUUUGCUGCCUGGCUAACCUACUUCCUGUCUUCUAAUAUUCCAUCCCUAAUUUUUGGAGACUUCAAUAUUCCCAUUAACCCACCUUUGACCUCAGCAGCCUCUAAACUACUUUGUUACUUCCUCCCUUGGGCUAUUGCAAUGGGCUAAAUCUCCCACCCAUGUAGCUGGCAAUACCCUCGACCUUAUUUUCUCUUAUGCAUGUACAGUAUCUAAUAUCUGCAACACUCAAUUUCCUCUCUCUGAUCACCACCUCUUAUCGGUUGCUCUAGAUUACCCCCUCACCCAACAACCUCAGCCUAACCCCCCUCAACUCAGGAGGAACAUUAAUUCUAUUAAUCUCCAGCAGCUGUCAGCUGAAAUUGAUUCACAACGGCUAUCCAUCCCUUCCCUCUCCUGUCCCUCACAGGCCAUCUCCACAUAUAACACUACCCUCACCUCUGCCUUCAACACUGCAGCCCCACUCCAAACAUGCACCUCAAAGAGGACACGCCCCCAACCUUGGCAUACUAAAUCAACACGCUAUCUGCAGAGUUGCUCCCAUUGUGUUGAACGCUCCUUGAGGAAGUCCCGCACCCAGGCAGAUUCAUAUUGUGUUCAUACAGCGCAGCCCUUGCACUCGCCAAACAGUCAUACUUUUCCUCUCUCAUUAGUUCAUGCUCCCCCAAUGUUGGCAAACUUAUUGCCUCUUUUGGAUUCCAGUACCACCUGUACGCUGAUGACACCCAAAUAUCUCUCCUCACCAGACCUCUCUCCUGCCAUCCUGCAACGUGUCACUGCUUGCCUUUCUUCCAUCUCUGACUGGAUGUCCUUCCGCUUUCUGAAACUCAAUCUCUCUAAAACUGAACUCCUUGUCUUUCCUCCUCCUAAUACUGAUCCUCCUCUUUCGCUCUCCCUUCAAGUUAGUGGUAUCCACAUAAGUCCAUCCUUGCAAGCAUGCUGUCUUGGCGUCAUACUUUUCUGGCCUCACCUUUGAGCCUCACAUCCAUUGUGCUGCCAAAUCCUGUAGAGUCCAACUUAAAAACAUAGCCCAAAUCCACCCCUUUCUUACAAAAGAUGCUAGUCCAUGGUCUAGUAAUUUCCCGCAUGGAUUAUUGUAACCCUCUCCUGAUUGGUCUUCCCAAAAGCCAUAUCGCCCUGCUACAGUCUGUAAUGAAUUCUGCCGCCAGACUGAUUUUCCUCUCUAGUAGGUCCUCUCAUACCUCACCCCACUGUCGGCCCUUACAUUGGCUCCCUGUAUCAUAUAGGAGUCAAUUCAAAUUGCUAACCCAUAAAGCACUGAACAAUUCUAGCCCCUCCUAUAUCUCUUGACAGAUCCAUAGAUAUGCCCCUCCUCGUUCCCUCUGCUCUGCCCGUGACCACCUCCUGACGGCUGCUCGCAGCCGUACGGCCAACUCGCGCUUGCAGGACUUCUUGCGGGAGGCUCCCUUCCUAUGGAAUAGCCUGCCUACCCCCCAUCAGACUCUCCCCUAGUCUUCAAUCAUUUAAGAUGUGCCUUAAAACCAAUCUCUUUAAGAAAGCUUAUGGCCUCCCAGAGUAACCUCUACCUUACACACCUGUCUUUUGCUCUCUCCUAUAGGGCAGCACUUUACUCUCUCCUCCAGCUCUGCUUCACUCCCACCUUAUUUGAUUUAUAUUCCUGUCCUAAUGUGUUUUAUACCCCACCUCCUAUAGAAUGUAAGCUUGUUUGAGCAGGGUCCUCUUCAACUUAUCGUUCCUGUAAGUUUUCUUGUAAUUGUCCUAUUUAUAGUUACACCCCCCCCCCCUCAUAAUAUUGUAAAGCGCUACAGAAUCUGUUGGCACUUUAUAAAUGGCAAUAAUAAUAAUAAUACUGGGCCUUCAUGCCAGGAAGUCAGUUCAGUGACUGUCUGGUAGACAGCCACUAGAGGGGGAGUUAACCCUAGCAGGUAAUUAUUGCAGUUUAUAAAAACUGCAAUAAUUGCCACUCUAGGGUCAAGGGUGAUGGGAGUUUGCACCCAGACUGGGUGCCUACACUGUCUCUUUAAGAUAUUUCUUAUAUUUUCAAGUAUAAAUUGAAGCAAAAAACUUUAUUUUUGUUUUUUGCAUUUGUGUGCCAAUUAAUUGUUCUUUCUUUUUGAUGUCUCUAAGACCGUGGAUGAAACUCAAAUGUACACAGAGGAAGAGCUACGCAAGUUUGAGCAAGAGUUAUCAGAGCAGGAAGCGGUCUUGAAACAGCAAGCUGAGAAACUCCGCCAGGAACAUGAAGACUUACAGCAGAGGCAGAUAGAACUUGAUGCACAGAAGAAGGAAUACCAGCAGGUAUAGUGAACUAAACCCACCAGAUACAUUAUUUGUCUAAAAGAAAUAAGACACUUGCUGAGUGACUAUUAACGCACAGUUUAAAUGAUCCUAAUAAAGUAGCUUGGGGUUGGCCAUAUUUAAUGGUGUAUUGUGCUGUGACAUGUUUCAUAAUCUCUGGUUAUCAAGCGGUUAGCUUAUAGCUUUACAAGCUCAAUAAAAUGUACUUCCUACAGGCUGUCAUGCAUAUGGAACAGAAAAAGUCCCAGCAAGCAGCUGCAGGUCCAAACGGUGAGCUGAAGUUUCAGGGAGACGCUCCUCAUCCAGCAGAUGACAAAGGUAAGUACAAGCAAGUCGGGGGUCCUUUUUAUGAAAUGUACAUCUGUAUCCUUAUCACCGCUAUCGGUUUACAUAUAGCCUUGCAAACUGUGUAGUGAACUUGGCUGUUGGCAGAGCUGUAGACCAUGCGUGCACUGUCCUCCGCUCAGCUCCGCUCUCUCUACUUUUGUAUAACCGGUUUUAUGAUUGCUACCAAAUUUUAAAUCUCUGCAUAACAAAGUUUGCAAUGUUGAGCUUAGACCAUAGUACUAAUUUGCAAUAAUUGGUUUCUCAUUUCCAAAAAUUAAGCAAUAUCAUCCUAAAUGUACGACGCAUUGCCACAAUUGGAACUAAUUCAUUUGUUUAGGGCUAUUUUUCUGUAAUUGGGUAUUUUAUUUAACCCCUUAAGGACACGUGACGUGUGACAUGCCAUGAUUCCCUUUUAUUCCAGAAGUUUGGUCCCUAAGGGGUUAAGUUAUUGGAGCAAUAUAGAGCUUCUAAAGUCGCUGAGCCUAAUAUUAAAUAAAAAGUGCAAAAUGUCACAAGCAUGUCAGUAUGAAGCAUGUGUCUAAAUUAAGUUUGUUGUUUUAUAUAGCUAUAUGGAAGGUAUGGCUGACGUAGCUUUCAAACACCAAAAAUAAGCUGCAUUCUAAGCUAGGCUACAACCGGCUGUUCUUGUUAAAGGACUUGUAUGGUUGUGGGUGUUUGGAUUUAAAUAACUGAUGGAUUUGUGUCUCUUCAGCAGUACUUUCUGUGGUCUGACAUUUUUAGAUGCGGUUUUGAACAGUUGCAUCGUAUUACAUGCUAAGUUUGUUUAAAGGCAGUCUCAUUAAAAUACUUAGGUUUUAAAUUAAGUAAAAAUUAGAUGCCUUAAAUCUUACAAAUAAAAUUUUUUGUAGUGUCACAAAAAUAGAAAUAUUGGUAUACACGUAUACAUACAAUAGAUAUUGGGUUUCAGCUUAUUCCUUUUUCAGGAUGGUGUUGCAUUCUUUAUAUUAGACCCAGAAUUAAGCGUAUAUCACUUUUUAAACAUCUUAAAUUCUUGUAGACAAAAUAUUCCAUAGGGCCACACAUCAAAACAUAAAAAUUCAUAUACACAGUAUAUUAUACAUACAGAUUAACACAAUGUAUUUUGGUGUAUUCCUACCAAAAUAUAUAUCGCACAAAUAUCGUAUCUAUUUCAUUUAAUUUUUUUUUCUUCUUAACUUGGGCUUCUUUCAGCUAUUGUCAAUGUGCCAAAAACUGUUCACAAUGUAAGAAAACAAAUCAUAGUAGAGAAUGCCAUUUAUUUAAACAACAAAAUGCUUGAAGUUUCAAACUGCUCACAGGAAACAAAGUGGGACCUAUACCAGUUUUAAACUCACCAAAUCCACUUAUAUAUAGCGUGUACUCUGGGCCCUGUCCUCGUUCACUCCAGUAACUAGCAUGUCUACCACGUCCUACUAGGUUACACACGCACGACAGAUGCAGUGACAAAACCUUGACUUUUUGAUGUGUUUUGUCCCACCUAUCCCCAUAUGGGGCUUUCUCAAAGUGAGGUUUGUACCUCUACUCCUCCUGUGUAGUUACCCAUCCCAAACUAUAGACGUUGCUCACUAAUUUAAAAUGUCCUUGCAUCUAAUAGAAAGUGCGGCACAGUAAACAUUCGUCAAGGAUAUAUAUAUAUUUUUUUUAAAUGUGGAUAUUACAAUAGACCUUGGGUAAUUGGGUUUUAAUUCGGAAAUGACAAUAUUGCUUUUUUUUUUAAAUAUAAAAUACAAAUAAACAUAAAAAUGUAUUUGCUGUAAAUCCACAGGCUUUGCAACUUCUACAUUUAAUUCUGAACAGUGCCAAAAUUUACAUUAGGGAGAGCCAAUCCUCCCAUUAAUGGUUUAUAGCAUUGAGUUUACCCAAUAGCGGAUAGAACAGGGGUUUCAGAAAACCUGUAGUUCAGCUUUGUACAGUUGCCAGAACCCUUCCUUCAUAGCCUCUCUGAGUAUUUAAAGUACCAGUAUGAGCAGAGGGGACAAUAGCUGCACUGCUAAACAGUUGGUUGAGUGGUUGGCAGUGAUUUGAUUUUUGUUUGUUUGUUUUUUCAAACUGCUGCAGUUUAUUGCAGACAUGAUGUGCAGGUAGACAAAGGCCAGGGAACCGCUUUCCAAAAUUAUUUUCCCAAGUUACAAAAAGUUGUUUUGAUGCUUAGUGUAGUACAGGAAUGUAAGUCUGAUAUGUUUUCUUGGACAAUGCUCUAUAAAAGCUACUCAGAUGUAUAAAGAAACAAAAACAAACAUUCAGGACAAGUUUCCUGCAAACUUUCAUUUAAUGACAAACCAUUUUCUUUUCUUUUUCUUUCUUUUUUCUUUUUCUUUUUUUAUUCCCCCUUCACAGCUAAAGUAGAAGAACCCCAUCCUCAUUCUAACAUUCACGGUGAAGCCCCAUCUGAAGACAAGGUCCACAAAGAACCAGAGCUUCAUCACGAACAGCCAGCUCAUCCAGACCAAUAAUAAGAGAGGACAGAAGAGAGGCCAAGUAGCAGAAACAAUAAAACAAAACGAUUUUCGACACUCUUUUUAAUUCUAGAAGUGAGCGCUCCUGCAUGGCCGUCUCCUUGUUCUCCAAAAUAUCAAAUUUAAGGGAUGUGCAAUCAGCCUCUGAGUAAAUCUCUCACAUUGGGAAUCAGGCUUUUUGUUUUCAAAAAACAAAUCUUAAAGAUACGUUUUUAUGAAAGUUAAGCGAAUGAGGGAAUGGGGUGGGGGGAGGGUUUAGUGAUUUACUAGUGAUUUUAAGGUAUCCUCUAGGUCAGGCUUCCCCAAACUCUUGCCCUCUAGAUGUUGCUGAACUACAACUCCCAUGAUUCUCAGCCUAUCUAUUUCCUUCAUAGAAUCAUGGGAGUUGUAGUUCACCAACAUCUGGAGGGCCGGAGUUUGGGGAAGCCUGCUCUAGGUUGUGCCAUUUUAAGUCAGCCUCACAUUGCCACAGCAAAGCAUUUGAUGGCUCAUACCAAAUAACUGCUUUGUUACAACUCUUUGCUAUACAGUAAAUUAUAUAUACUGUUUUGGUAGCAAUUUAUAUAUUCCGUGUGAAUGUGAUGCUAGCUAGGAAACUGACUUCUCCUCCCUUUUACUUUCCCAUAUUUUGGAGGUGACAAUUAACCACCUUUCAAACAGCUCUGAUUCCCAUAUCUCUGAACAACCUGUAAUUUGAACCUGUCAGAUGCUGAUUUCUUCAACGGAAACUGAUUUCACAUUAAACAAUAGGGGUUUAACAAAAAUGUCCAAAAAAGUUAUAUCUAACUGGGGGGACAUCAAAGGAACAUUUUAGACCUGCUUUAUUCUUAUAGGGAUUCAAACUCCCAUUCAAUCCUCUGCCAGAUGAGGUGGACUGAACGGGAGUGGGAGUUCUUUAACCCCUUAAGGACACAUGACAUGUGUGACAUGUCAUGAUUCCCUUUUAUUCCAGAAGUUUGGUCCUUAAGUGGUUAAGGAAUAUAUAAAUAUUGAAGCAAGUUUCACAUAAAUGGUCUCUAUGUUUUGUUAAUAUUUUUUAAACCCACACAGUAUUUGAAUUCUACCUUUACACUAUUAACUCUAAUACUUCCCAGCAUACAGUUAGAUUUUUCCUGAUUGGUUGGUUGUCCUAUUUAGUUUAGUAAUUGGUGCAAUUCAUAAGAGGAAAAGGUUAUUUUAGGUUCUACAGUAUCAUGAAUUUAAAUACAGCAGUUGAACUUUAUACAAAUGUUUUUUUUUUUGUUUUUUUUUUCAGCUAUUAAAAACUAUAACAUAUAUACCAAUGUAUUCUCCCUUUCUAUGUAUAUAUUGUGAAAUGUAGUCCACAACAAAUGGCGGUUAGCAGUACCAUGGCUAGUUUAGAACUGAUUUGUUGAUAUAUUGUCUCCUCUGGCACUCUGUUAAUUGGGAUAUGGUAUUUGAAGGGACUAGAUCUCACUAGGGCAGGGCUAGCUUCCCAAAAACAUUUUUUGGGGUUAUUCAAUAAAGUGAGAAUUGUUGGGAAUUCAAAGUAAAUGUCAAAUUUAAAAGUAGCUAAAUUUUGAAUUCCUGACACUUCUCACUUUAGUAAAUAUCCCUGAAAGUCUUCUUGUAGGCAAGAGAGAGCGAAAACACAAAUUGAACAAUGAAACACAUUCAUAUCUUUUAAAACGUCUAUAAAGUGCAGUGAGCGUCCUGGCAAUUACUCUCACAAUAAAAUAAAGCAGCCCCUUUUCACAAUCGGACAGUUACUACCUAUUACCAAAGAAUAAAGAUAAACUAAUAUGACAACCCACACUAAAAAAUGCCAUGUAUCACCUUAAUGGAACAUCACAUAGAAUAGUAUGAUGCCAUCCAUAAAAAAAAUAAUAAUAAAACGACCACUAAAAUUUGUUUGUCAUGGCUAUUAUUUGUAGAGAUUCUAUUCCAUGUGAUGCUAAGGUAAUGCAUGACCUAUGUUUUAGAACAUUUUGUAAAGUGAUUUAUUAGUCUAGAUCUUUAAAAUUUGUCUUUUAAGGUCAGUAUGUGUUUAGAAAUGACUCCAUUAUGUCUGUCACGCUGUGAGAAGUCAAGCUUGUGCUCUGUUAUCGUUAGUAAUUGGGGAUGCUUGCAAAUUACAAGAUUUAAUCUGUAAUAGUACAUCAUUCUCUUAUUGGUGUUAAAGUUCUGUUUGCCUUGAGGUAAUUUGUGGGGGGUGUUGGCACACUUUUGCUUCUACAUGCUAUAGAAAUGUUCCCUAACCUUUGCACCUCGGGUGAUGCUGAAUUAAAUUGUGGGCUUGCUAAGCACUGUGUGAAAUGGAGUUACCAGAUAUCUGGAGUGCCAAUGUUGGUCAUCUCUGUUCUAUUGACCUACCCUCACAUUCCUUUUUUUUUUUAUAUAUUUUGUGUUUCAAUUUGCUUGUUAUUGCUUUAGGCAGAAGAUUAUUAAAAAGCAAACAAAUUGCAUAAAAUUUGGUGAAAAUAGUUAGAAAAUGAAGACACGUGCAUUAUACAGAAUAAGGUAUUUUAAAUUAAAUUGGGGAUAUUGUCGUGUUGGUUUAAAAAAAAAAAAGAUUGUGUGGUUACAUUUUUUAUUUAUUUUCUAUUCUGAUCUGUAGAAUAAACGUCUAGUGCUAAAAAGCAGUUGAGUUUUUAUGUAUUUUAAAAAAAUAAAAUAAAAUUUAGAUCCUGCUCUUAAAAAAACAAAAAAAAAACAAUUUGUGGGUUUGGAUGGUUUUAAAGUGGGUGCAAAACUUUUGUGAUUAAUUUUUAUAGGUUCUCAAAUGUGUUGGACCCAUUUUGAAACCAUACAAACCGCUAAACUGUAGGUUCUGUUAAAUUAAAGUUGAACAAUUGUCAGAUGCUGAUUUAUACACAAUUCAGAUGGUUUUAACAGUAUACUGUAUAAUCUAUAGAUUAUUUGUGGUUCCUUUUUAUACAAUGUCCUUGCUGCAGGCCGUUCAAUAGAGAUUGACACUUUUAUCAAUUUUAAAUGGUUUCACCUUCCUGGCUUUUCAAGCAGACAGGCCCUGUUACUUGCUGAUUUGGGUAGCUUAUUUGAAUAGGCAGCAAUUGCGGAGAGCACCUGCCUUGCAAAGACGUCUUAUUGAGCUGCAUUGGGAAGUCUGUGAUUGGGCAGGCCCCCCAAGUCUGAGCGGGGUUAGAAGAGGAGGGCUUACGAGAGCAGCAGCCAAGAAACCUGCAGUUUUCAAACAGUUUUUAGAUACAACUCCAAUGAAACUAUGCAUAAUAGUUUUCAUUUGUGGUAUAUCUACUAAACAUUGAUUUAAGAAAAAAUAUUUUGUAUUUGGACAGUGGGCUUUUCCUUGAUCUAUUUUGAAAAAAAAUAAACUGCCGUAAUGAGAUACAUUAAAAAUUUUUGGUGUAAUGCUUUCGUCUAAUGACUUAACCAUUCUAGAAUUAAAAAUCUCACAUCAAAUUAGAAAAAUUCUUCAGCAGUUUGUUUUGGAGGUUAGUGCUUUUUUAGCCACAAACCUGCAGGUCUCCAAAAACAUGGUUUUGAGAGUAAAACUGAAAGAUGUUGAAAUCUUUUGUUUACACAUAUAUAUUUUUUGCUAUGAAACAAACAGGCAUUUUCUUGUGCAUCAAAAUCUUGUUUUACAAUGCAGAGUUAACAGGUAUUAUUAUACAUGCAUCUAUGAUGGCAGAGAAACUGUUUGAUGUGCUGGACAACAGCUAUUUGACCUUGUAUGCUUAUUUUAUCAUUACACAAGACAAUUAAAAACCUAUAGCAUUUUCAUUACUGACUAGGCUUCUGCAAUGUAUACACACUCAUUUAAAUAACUACAGCCUUAAUUUUAUUUUAUGUUUUUAUUUUUAUAAAGGAAAAAAGACAAAUGUC